AUGAACACUGCAGCACCUCCUCCAGAUAAUGGGCAGUAUUCUACAUCCCAGCAGAGACCGUUCUUUUAUGCACAGCCAACAGCACAACUACCUUUCCCAAAUCCUUGGUAUUUGAGCCAACUGUACAAUCCAUAUUGCAUCGCUGGACCAGGCUUCAGAGGAGGGAAUCCUUAUUUCCCCUACUACUCUGUUGCACUUCAUGAGUACCCUGGGUUUUAUGUUCCUCAGCAUCAAAUUAACAUGAGAAUGAGCAGAAGACCUCAUUUUAAUCCCAAUCCGCCUUCCCCUAUGUUUUACCAUGCCACACGAUUUAGGCAUUACAGUAGUCCAGGAAGAAGAACUGAAACUAAAGAAACUCAGACAGACCCAAGACAGCAGGAAUAUAUAACCAAAAAGCACCUGGGUACAGAUGGUAAAAACUCUGCAGGCAACUUGGUAUCCCAUUCCUCUGGUAUUAGCACAGAGAAUGACAAUAACUUGGAGAAUGUUGAAACGACAAUGUCGCCAGUGCCUGUAACUCCAGAAAGGGACUUUCACAAAAAUUCUUGCAAUCCAUCACAGUACCGCAAUAUGCCUCCAGGAAGUUAUGCGUACGAGAAAGAGGAGGUAAGAAUAGAGUAUGGAAGUGGUUCUCCUGCUGCCAUACAGAUGUGGAAGUCUUAUAAGGAAACCAUUCCAAUAUAUGAUGUGGCAGUUGUUAAAGAUAUACCAGAAAGUGUAGUACAAGGUGAUCUAUUUUGUGAGGGUGUACUGUAUGGCCCUCGCUCUGAAGGAGAAGAGAUUGCUGUACAGAGUGUGUGUUUUUCAAACAAAGAGGAGGGUAAGCAGUCUGCAUCUCCUAAACGCCUAAACCUUGGUGGCGUGCAAGAAUUAGAAACUCAGACCUCCCUUUCACAGUCAAGUAUACCUGCCAAACAAAUUAUAAAAGUAACUACCUCUUCAGAGUGUGAACCACAGUCUGUUUUAGUUGAACAGGUUGUCCACCCUCUUUAUGAAGUCCAAAAUGUUGAUGACCAAGAAAACUGUAAGGUAAAUGAUGUAUCUGAAGAAAUGGCAAAUGAAGAACUGUUAACUGGUGCAGAAAUAUGCCCAGAAAAACUAAUUUCAAAUCAGUCUGUAAAUAACAGUGAAGUCAAGGUGACAAAUACCAGUGUAUGGGCCGAAGACUCCGCACAAAAGUUUAUUCCUUCACCAACAUGGCUGGCUUGUUUUGAUAAUGUAGAAACAAACUAUGAUUAUGACUUGUAUAUGUCUCGGGGAAAACAAAAGCGACCGAGCAUACUGAGCAUAACAUCUGAAGAGCUUUCUUCCAGGGAUGAAGGCUCAUCCAUGGAUAAUGCCUCAGUUUCUUAUUUUGUCCCAGAUUAUAUGCUUAGGAAAGGUUUGUAUGCUUUCCGAAAACGUGCAGAGAGCAUUGAAGGGGAAAAAAUUCAAAGCAGUGGAUCUUUAAAAGAGGAUGAUGUGCCACUGAAGCAUGCCAGUAGUCAAUAUGAGAAGAGUCCUAGCUCUUCUGGAUUAAAGGUUAGAGAUGUUUCAAACAGAAACCGCAAAAUAAGUGUACCUGUAAGGGGCUUAAGCAAAAGAAAGCUAUAUUCUGCAAAGAAAAAACCACGAAAGAGUCAAUCCUUGUCUGAACCUGAAGAUUCUGAAGAAUAUUGGGUAUUAGACGAAGAGAAACUGCAUGAUUUUAAUGACGAUGAUGAUCAGAGUGAUGAAGAAUACUAUUUUCAGGGAAGUUUACCAAAUGAACAGCUGGAGCUUGGAAAAGGGAACUACUUUAAGCAGAUUGCUCAGAAAAGAAUUUUGUGGAAGCCUCCAAAAGGUGUAUUUCCAGCCCAGCUUGUUGGGUUUCCAGUCAGAGAAAAGCUGAGGGUGAAGAAAAAAGGAGCUAGCGAAGCUUUGGGGCAGGUGUACAGACUAAAACAGAGUGAUUAUAUCAGUUAUGGGAAACCUGAACGAGGAUACAAAGAGGUGACUGACCAGAACAAACCUUCACAAAAGCCAAUGGGUGCCUUCACUUUUUUGCUUGCCUUAUAG